AUGGCACCCUCAGACUCAGAACUCUCCUCGCUCUCAUCAGCCCCGCCUACUGAUGAUGAAGCGGCCAUGGCAAUUGAUGAGCCUGUCGGUAUCGCCAAAUACUUUCAGAAGGAGUCCGAGACGCCGCCGCCGAAGCGGGAGCCAUCACCACCGCAUGAAUACGUUCUAGCAGACAACCCUAGCAUCGCGUUCAUCGUCAUGUUCCGCGCGCGUUUUCACGAAGCUUUCCCCCGUGGACUGCCACACUUCGGUCCGCAAGACAUUGAGACUGGAGUGGAGGACUCGGUUCCUGGGGAAUAUAUUGAGCGCCUGCUAUGCGCAUUGCUGGGUCUCGUUUUGAAUCGCAAGAAAGAUGUUGAGUAUGGUCGCCACCCGAUGCCCGAUCCCGCGCGGAGUUCUGGCAGGCGCGCGCUCCGGGCUUCUACCACCCAAUUGAUUGCAGAACGACGGAAUCACUAUACACGACCACUAGAGGAGGCGAUUCAGAUCCAUCAGUCGCAGUGGCCCAAGGCGUGGGAGGGCAAGAACCCCCUUCACGGAGGCCGCAGCUUUGCGACCAUGUCGCCCGAAGAACGCCUGGAACUCCUUCGCUCUUUGGCCCUAUGGUCCCUCUCGUCAUCCGAUGCGAUCCAGGCGAAGCUAAAAGAGUCAUACAAGCAGUCGCGCCACGAUGACGACCUCAACCAGCCUCUAUCCGUUCAGCCCUGGGGCCGCGACAGUUUGAAAAGGCGCUAUUGGCUUAUCGAAGGACAAGAUGAUACUCACUUUCGCUUAUACCGCGAGAGCAACCCAUCACUCAAACACAUUUCUUGGUGGAGUGUUGCUGGCAGUAUCCCAGAGAUGCAGGCUAUCGCCGAUAGAUUGCAGGAGGAGAAAGGUACCAACUCGAAGAAGCUGAGCGAACGGAUCAGAAAUGCGAUUCCCCGGUUUGAGGCUUCAGAAGAGAAACGCAGACGUCGCGACUACCGUCUUGCGCGCAAGGCUGCAUUCUCUCGACCCGAGCCUGGAUUCUCUUUGUAUGAGGGGCGCACUCGUGGCAAGAAAUUGAAUUACGCCUACGAUGACGACGAGGACAUUUUUUCGGAUGAUCAACCUGCCAGACGUUCGGCUCGUACCUCGUCCGGUGUUGCACCAGCGGAAUCUUCGCGCCCUCGAUUUACAGCAAGUGGCCGGCAAAUUCGAUCCCGUGCCGGCGGCAUGUACGGCGAAGCACUGCUCAGUGGCCAGCGCGAAGACUCUGGGGACGAGGAAGAAGACGAGGGAAGACCGCAGAGGAGUCGGACCUCUACUCAUCCCAAUGGAUACUCUGGAUAUGGGUUUGACGACUUAGAUGAUGAGUCGGAAGCUCAUUCGACUGGAAACGACAGUGGGAACAACUGGAACGGUGGCGACGACGACGAAAACGAGUUUGAGGGCGACGACGAAGGAGAGGAUGCGAGCGGCGACGAAUCAAUCCUCAACGGAGAGCCCAGGAGCCUCGUCGUCCAGCUUCGCUACAGCAAAGGGGGUGCGCCUGGUGGUCCCGAAGAUCCCGAUGAGCCUCCUCCUCCACCUGCGCAAGAUGCUCUGAUGGAAGAUGCCGGCCAAGCUGGUGUGCCUGCAGAAAAACCUGCUCCCAUUUUAUCAAAACCACAGCCAACUUCUGCUCCAGAGCCUGCUGCAGCCUCUUCAAUGGCCGCCCCAUCUCAAUCAGCACCAACCGUGGCUGCACGACCCAUGUCUUCCGUAUUGAAUGCCCAAGAGCCCACUACCCAGACACUGAUCAAUGCGUCUUAUGUGCCUCCAGCACCGAUUCAUCCCAUCUCCUCUCCAUCCGAAGUACCCAGAACCGGCCAGUCAGGCGCGUCAAAUGGGUGGACUGGGUCUAACCACGGUGCCGAAAGCCGCCCCAGCUCUGAAUUGCCUCGUGCGCAGGCGCCACCGACCAGCUGA